GACUGCAGGAGCACUCAGACAAAAUCAGCUUGAAGAAAAAGAAAGAUGUGUUAAGGAGUUUAUCGUCUCGACGGAGCUACAAGUAGCCUAUUUCCCAAGAAUGGCGCUGAGUGACCUCCUUUACCCAGACAACCCCAAGAGAAGGCAAGAAUUGAUCCACCUGCACCAGGAAUUGCUCGACUGCAUGUCCACAAAUUUCCGUGCAACAAAUGAGCUGGCGGGAGUGCUGAAUGAACACCUGGGCUGUACCAUCCCCCACAUUCAGAUGAGAGCGAGCGGCACUGUUAAGGAAAACUGUGACAUUAUGAUUCAAGCGAUGAGUGAGAUUCAGCAUCAGGUACAGAAGAUUGAUAGUGACAUGAAGGAAAAGCUAGAGCCUGUGCUCUACCAGAAGCUGUAUGACAUCAAAGAGCCCGAGCUGGAGAAAAUUGCAAUAGCCCAUAAAGUUUUUUCCAUUGUUCUUGGAGAAGCGACUUCAACAGCUGGGAUGGUAGCUAUCAAACUUCUUAGCUCCAAUCUGAUAACUCUCACUGUGAGCAAGCUCGUCAGUCUCCUCGCGCAGAUUGGGGCAUCUGUUCUUGGGGGAAUCAGCAUCACCAUUCUCGGGCUCGGCAUUGAAAUGAUCCUCCAUGCCAUCCUGGGAGCCAUGGAGAGGAAUCAGCUUCUGGCAGCUGUGAGAAGCUACGAGAAGCACCUGGCUGAGUUUAAAGCAGCCUCAGAAAAGUACCAGCGUGCCAUACGAGACGUGACUUCUUUGGUGAGACAGCAGGUUCAGUGAAUGAAGCUGGAGUUCUCUCUCCUGCUGUGACAGCGGCUGCAGCAGCUACGCUUUUUGAUUCAUUAC